CAGCUUACACGUCAAAAAAGUAUCAUACCCAUGAUAUUGUUUCUUAGCAGCAAGUGUACAGAAGUCCCUCAACGGCGUGAGUUUACUCAUUAUGACUUCCUCAUGUGUAGCCCUACGGUGUGUGUUUCUUUAAGAGCAGGCAGUUCGACCCUCUGAAGGCGGGUUUGAGGCGGAGGUUCGUUUUCGGUGCGAUCAGCGAGGGGUGACCUAUAGGGGGUUCUUUUAUAUGCGACGACUUUUGUUCGUUUCAAGGCAAUCACAGCUCAAAGGUCUUGUCAGGCGGAAUUAUGAGCAAUUCCUCGGUUUCUGAAUAUGGAAAUGCAGUCCUUCGCGCACUAGCAGGGAAAUUACAAUCAAGAAUAGAAUCGCGUUUUCUCUAAAAAUAAUAAAUUAAAAAAUAAAAUAGCGAAGAAUUCCAAACGGUGCUUUCCCCUAACCCUACCCCCAUUUUCUUGUCCAGGUUUAUUGCUGACACACCGGGAGAGACGUCGGACUUCACAUUCAGCCAUUGUGCGUUUGGUGAUCAUGCGGCAGCCAGCGAGGGAAGCGUGAGGAGUUAAGCAGGCUCCAGAAAUCAAAAGAAGUGGCAAGAAUGCAUCUAAGAACAUUCUCAUAGACUCCGAGUUCAAGCCCCACCAAGUAACAAGUGUACAGCUACUGACAAUGCUACCUGGUGUGGGGGUCUUUGGAACAGGCAGCACUGCCCGGGUCCUGGUGUCUCUGUUGCGGGCAGAAGGCUUCACUGUGCAAGCUGUGUGGGGAAGGACGGAAGAGGAGGCCAAAAAGCUGGCUGCAGAGUUGAAGGUUUCCUUUUACACCAGUCGAACCGAUGAUGUUUUGCUGCACCAAGAGGUAGAUCUUGUCUGUAUCAAUAUCCCACCACCUCUCACCAGGCAGAUUGCUGUUAAAGCAUUAGGAAUUGGGAAGAAUGUAAUCUGUGAAAAAGCUGCCACUUCAGUGGAUGCUUUUAAAAUGGUAACAGCUGCUCGCUACUAUCCAAAGCUAAUGAGCCUGAUGGGAAAUGUGCUACGUUUUCUUCCUGUUUUUAUACGAAUGAAGGAACUGAUUGAUGAAGGAUACAUUGGAGAAGUAAUGGUGUGUGAUGUGCGCGUUUACUGGGGCAGCCUACUAAGCAAGACCUAUAACUGGAUUUGUGAUGAGAUGAUGGGAGGUGGUGGACUCCACACCAUGGGAACAUACAUUGUGGAUCUUUUGAGUCACCUCACUGGUCAAAGAGCAGAGAAGGUUCAUGGGCUGUUGAAGACUUUUGUGAAACAGAAUGGUGCUAUUCAUGGUAUCCGGCAUGUUACCAGUGAUGAUUUUUGCUUUUUUCAAAUGAUGAUGACUGGAGGGAUCUGUAGCACAGUUACCUUGAACUUCAACAUGCCAGGUGCUUUUGUGCACGAAGUGAUGGUUGUUGGUUCUACUGGAAGGCUUGUGGCCCGAGGUACAGACUUGUAUGGUCAUAAAAAUACCUCUUUCCAGGAAGAGUUGUUACUGGCUGACACAUCUGGUAUCUGCACAGCUGGAUGUUUUGAGAAGGGACUGAGAGACAUACCUUUACUGUACCUGAAAGGAAUGGUCUGCAUGGUGCAGGCUCUUCGGCAGUCCUUUCAGGGACAGGAUGACCGUAGAACCUGGGACCAAGGGCCCGUCUCAAUGGCAGCUUCUUUUGAAGAUGGGCUUUACAUGCAGAGCGUCGUGGAUGCCAUCAAAAAGUCCAGCAGGUCUGGAGAGUGGGAGGUGGUGGAGUUAAUGACUAAAGAACCUGAUGCUAACCAGAAUCUUUGUGAUGCUAUCCAAAGGAAUAAUUUAUAGCUGGGGAAGACUGGCAGAGGUUAAGCUGACUGAAAUUCUCAAAAAUGGGGAGGGGAAAAAUACCUUCUGUAAACGUUAGUGUCCGUAAUGGUGUUUAUUCAGUUUUGAAUUUUGACCACAGUUUGGCAAUUUAAUACUGGCAGGUUAAUGUAUUAGGUUUUGUCUUUAACCUAAUUUGGUGAACUUUGACAGACUGAUGUUUAGAGUGGCCGGCCAGCUGCACUUUAAGCUUUUUCUGGUUUCUUCACAUUAGCAUUUUGUCUUUUAUUGGAUGCCUAUCCUUACACAGCUCCUGAAUAUCAGUAACUACUGUUUCAUUUCAAGAAGCUGAAAUCCCAAAUGCCAUAAUUACCUGAUUUGAGCCAGGUUUAUAUUCAAGACAAUUAUCAUUAUUUUUACUGUUUUUUAAAAUGUUUUUUUUUUCUGCUCCCUGAGUAAAUCCAACAGGUCUGAAGCCUCUGCUGAAUGAGGCAUAAUUAAUAAUUACAUUUUUUUUGGCUCACAGUUUUGAUUUUCUGUGGCAGCAUACUUUAGACAUCCAAACGUUUUAAUGAGUUUUCUUUUUUCUGGAAGAGGAAAUGUUCUGGUCACCCUGCAGGAAGCUAAAGUGCAAAAACUCCUAUAAAACUACUUCAUGCAUUUAGAAGUGGUAUGUUACUUAAUGUUCUGGUUAGUAGAAAUGUUAUCAUUUUGCUUCAUGUAUAAUUUAAAAGAUAAGGUAAAAAUAGCAUUUUAUCAUACGGUGAAAAUAGUAACAUGUCAAUAGCACAAAGGAACAGGCAAAGACAGUGCUUAGUAUGAGUUUUAAGAUUUUUUUUUUUUCCUUUUUAUGGUUUUCAGAUUAAAAAAAGUGUGAUUACUGUAGAUUGUUCCUCCUUUCUCAGGUUAAAUUUAUUUAAAAAUUUAAACUUACAGCACAAUUAAGCCUUUAUAGAAUACAAAAUUUUAGAUCUACUGUUUUAAAAGCAAAACGAAACAAAACAAAAACAUUUGGCUAGCUCUUUGGCUCCCCACAUAAAGUUAGUCAUCUAUUGUUGCAUGCUUGUGUGUUAUUUAAACUAUGAAAACUACUGUCAAAAAAAAGUUCGGUGAAGCCUUGAAAACCUUUUAGAUCGCCAAAGCCACUUUUUGGUUGUUGGCAUAGGAUAUGGUAAUUGUUUAAUUUCAGAGGGCACUGUGGAGUUUCUCAUAUUGUUCAUACAGUCAAAACUAACCCAGGUCUUGAACCCUGAUGGUAUACAAAAUGAGGAAAGGCAGCAGCACACCUCAAAAUUAAUAGUUUGAACACUGGAAAUGGGUGGGGGUGCCGGGGUAGCGCGCACAGUAAAGUGCUUCAGUAGCACUACAGAUUUAUUUUACAAUUUAAAUAAGCAGGUGGAAUAUAUUUAUUAUGGGAGUUUUGCUUUAAAACUUUAUUAAAUAAUCGUUUAUUUAAAAAUGAUAAACACAGAUCUUUUUUCUUAUAAGAUGUACUGUAAUUUCUAGAUGGCUAUUUAUUAAAUUUUGGGUAUAGAUUUAAAAGGAACUUUUUUAUAUAUAAAAGAGAUUUAUAUGGUUUUAUUUUGGUGACAUUACUGUAUGGCGUAUGUCCAAAUAUCAUGUUUUUAUUAAUUUCUUUUAAACUGUGUUUCAUAUUUAACUGUAACUUUAAUAAAUGUGCUGAAGCCUA